CAUGCACUUUCGCAGGGAUGACCUGUUCACAACAACUAGUGGUCUAAACAGAAUUAAAAAAGAUGCGGUGCCCUGUAUUUUUCCAUGGGUCUCUGACAGAACCUCAACCAGGAAGUCCGUUUAUGACAGGUCGACUGAAAGACUGGGGUUUGAUGUUCGAGUCAAACCUUGCUGCGGUCGAGAUAACGUUGAUGUUGCUAGCGUUGCCUCGGACCACGACUACCAGGCACGGACAUCGCCAGGUAAACAGGUGAGGAACCCUCGGUCAACAGACUUCCCAUCUGUGUUUGGUGCAGUUUCUCUCUCUCAGGAGACCAAGCAAGCAAAUGCCUUUGAAAGCUCUGACAAACAAGAAGCACAAGUGGAGGCUGCCAAUGCCUUGCUCUACUUGCAGGGGCAGGUUUUGAACCCAGACUUGGACCACGACAAGACAGAGAGCUUGUCAUCUGUGAACAGUGGUGACUCCGAACAGCCAAGUGACAGCAGAGCUCUGUCUGGCAGUGACAAUGAUGCCAUCAACUAUGAAGAGGAGCUCAAGGCAUUGAAGAAGGAGAACAAGGCUCUUAGAGAAUCGGUCGAGAAGAUGUCUCUCACAGAGGUGUCUCUCAGAAAUGACCCCGCAAAAGUAACGUUUUACACCGGCUUGCCCAACUACUUUGUGUUUGAGACAGUCAUGUGGCUGCUGUCACCACAUAUGAAAGGGGACAAGAGCGUCAAGCUUUCAAAGUUCCAGCAGCUUCUCUUGACUCUGAUGCGGCUCAGGUUGGACCUGAAGAAUCAAGAUCUUGCUUACAGGUUUGGCGUCCAGGUCGCAACGGUGACCAGGACAGUCCAUAGUGUAGUCAACAUCAUGUCCACUACGCUGGUACCUACCACAAUGUUUUGGCCCUCCAGGGAGGAGCUCCGGAAGAACCUCCCAGCUGCGCUCAGAUCCUCAUAUCCAGACUGUGCGGUGAUAAUUGACUGUUUCAGAGUAGCUUUGGAAAAAAGCGACAGACCAGAUGCAAACUUUCAUUGCUCUGGAGGCAACACGUUGAAAUACCUGAUCGGAGUUGCCCCGCAAGGUGUUGUCACUUUUGUUUCAAAGGGGUCACCAGGGCAUGUCAGCGACAAGGACCUGGCAGAGGACUGUGGCUUCCUGAGCAAGCUGCUCGCCGGUGACGUGGUGCUGGCUGGCCGCAGGUUCGACAUCAGAGAGUCAGUCACUGCACGUGGAGCCUGCCUCAAAAUCACAGGGGCCGGCGAGGAUGACCGCGAGGCACCGGAAGAGGAUCCGCUGGCAGAAGCUAGCUUGGAGAGGUUAUGGGUCCAUAGGCACGUGGAGCGGGUAAUCGCCACAGUGAAACAGAGAUACGCCAUACUGACUGGCCCAGUGGAGAGUCCCUUCACUGUCAUGGACCACGCUGCUAACAUGACCACCUUUGAUAAGAUAGUUCAGGUGGUGUGUGCCUUGAAUAACCUAUGUAUAUCUGCUGCUCCACUGGAAUGAGUAACAGCAGGGAUUCUCAUCAUUAGGCCUGGUGGUCCACAAUCCAACAGUUUUUCCAACACUUUAACAUCUUUAACACUUUCAUUGCAGAGGAAGAGGAAUUUUAAAUUCUGUCAGUCAAGAUUUUUUGGUAUUUCAGUCCAGGGUUUGAAUGAUUGGUCCUCUUGGACCAAGUUUCAUCAGGUAGGAUUUACACGAAAAAAAGACAAAUUUACAUAUUGCCUGAAAGGGCCGCAGUGUUUCCCACCUAUCAUGAGAACUGUGUUUAUCUUCGAACUGAAGUUGUUAAAAUGCUUAAUUCCAGGCAGUCCAGGCAAACUUUAUAAUGGAAAAACCCAGACAACACAAGUCAACUUUCUGGACUGAGAUUGAUCACCUCCAAUUUAGACUGCCCAGGUCGGGUAAUUUUGGCCAUAAGUCUGGAUAUCCGUACUUUCCUCAGGUGCAAAGUGCCUUAGCAUGUGUAAUAUGCAGCUGUAGCCACAACAAUAGAGCAGUUUUAUGUUUCAUUUAAGUGUUCCCAUUUAGUCUUUCAAGAAAUGGAAAUAUCGAACUCUGACACAUACAUGGGAAAAGGCUACAAGGAGCUUGCCAUAAACCACCUUGGUGAUUCCUCUUUUUCUGUGUCUUGGCCCCUGUUCUGUGCACUGUACUGACUGUAAUGGUUGUGUAUAUGUUUUGUGUAUAUAUUUUGUUUGUUAAACACUAUGUAAUCGAUCAAACAAAUUUGACUGGCAUUUUUCAAAUUGAGUUGAAUUCUAUC